CCCACAAAGCCGCUGCGCCGCGGUCCCCUGUCCCCGCCCCCUGCCCCGGGCCGCCGCCGGAGCGCGGGGAGCCGCCGCGAGCCCUUUAAGGGCCGAGAGGUGCGCGGUCUCUUUAAGGCAGGUCCUGGUGGUUUCUGUUUUCCGAAGGAAGUGACGGGGGGUGGGAUUGAAUGAAAAGUGCAAAACAGAGUCUCGCCGCGCCGGAGUCGGGGGCCGCGGCAGUCGCGGCGCUGGGCCGGUGGGCGGGCGGGGCGGGGACCCCGGGAGCGCCGCGUCCGCCUCGGAGCCGCCGGGGGGGCGCGCGGCGGAGCGCAGUCCACGUGCGUCCGCGCCACGUCGCGGGCCCCCCGCGCCUGAGCCCCCCGGGGAGCCGCUGCCCCGCGCGCGCCCCGAACUAGCCAGCAACUUCGCGCGAAGUUUGGCAGCGCCCCUCUCGGCUCGCACGCCGCGCGCCGGGCCCGCGGAGGGCGGCGGCGGCCCCCGGGGAUGCGCCCGCUCGGCCGCCGCGGGGUCCCCACGGCGCCCCCCGCGCUGCUGCUGCCGCUGCUGCUGCCGCCGCUGCUCGUGCCGCUGCUGGGGGCGCCGCGCGGCGUGGGCGCGGGGCCGGGCGCGCCGGCCGAGCUGCGGGUCCGCGUGCGGCUGCCCGACGGCCAGGUCACCGAGGAGAGCCUGCAGGCGGACAGCGACGCCGACAGCAUCAGCCUCGAGCUGCGCAAGCCCGACGGCACCCUCGUCUCCUUCACCGCCGACUUCAAGAAGGACGUGAAGAUCUUCCGAGCCCUGAUCCUGGGGGAGCUGGAGAAGGGGCAGAGUCAGUUCCAGGCACUCUGCUUUGUCACCCGGCUGCACCACAAUGAGAUCAUCCCCAGCGAGGCCAUGGCCAAGCUUCGACAGAAGAACCCACGGGCAGUGCGGCAGGCUGAGGAGGUGCGGGGCCUAGAGCACCUGCACAUGGACAUCGCCGUCAACUUCAGCCAGGGGGGCCUGCUGAGCCCCCAUCUCCGCAACGUGUGUGCCGAGGCCGUGGAUACCAUCUACACCCGCCGGGAGGACGUCCGCUUCUGGCUGGAGCAAGGUGUGGACAGCUCCGUGUUUGAGGCUCUGCCGGAGGCCUCGGAGCAGGUGCACCUGUCCCGCUGCGGGCAGGUGGGGGAUGGCGGGAAGCCCUGUGUCUGCCGCUACGGCCUGAGCCUGGCCUGGUACCCCUGCAUGCUCAAGUACUGCCACAGCCGUGACCGGCCGACCCCCUACAAGUGCGGCAUCCGCAGCUGCCAGAAAAACUACAGCUUCGACUUCUAUGUGCCCCAGCGGCAGCUGUGUCUCUGGGAUGAGGACCCCUAGCUGGGCUGCGGUGAAAGGGGGCCGUCUCUGAGUUCGCUGCUCUGGGUCCACCGCCCUUACCCCAGCCACUGGAGGGGGUGGCCGCCCCCCACUGAGGCCUUAUCUCCCUUCUCUUCCCUUGAUCCCGGAGCCUCUGGCCCCAUCACUCAAGACUGUGAAAAGGGGUGUGGCAUGGCAGGGGUUAACUCAUGAAGGCAGCCCCCACUCCCGCCCUGUGCCUCCCUUGGGGACAGAGAGAAGGGGGUUCUCCAGAUGUGUCCCCCUCCCCUUCAUCUCCCCUGAAGUGUUCUCUUUCAAGCAAACAAAAUGUGAUGGCCCGUGAUUCUGUUGAACUCUUUGAAGGUUUAGACCCUAAAAGGUGUCUGUGCCUGUUACACCGACCUCCCCCCCACCCCCCCCCCACACACGCACCCCCACUCCCCCAUCUGGAAGGAGCUGGCCCCUCUGCACCAUCAAAUGCCCAACGAGGAGGGGACCACGUCCCAGCGAGGGGGCCGUCGGGGACCAUUGCCAUAGCCCCUCCACCAGAUCACAGUGCAUUCUGCUCAUUGCUGUCCUCCCAACACUGGGGCAGGUGAGGGCCUCCCAGCCCGGACACAAACCACACGUGCCUUUCCCCAGACCCAGACUCUGUUGGGAGAGCAGGUCCCAGCUUCCCUCCUCGAGACAGAAAUAUUUUUUGUAAAGUUCUGGGGUGGGGGGGGGGAGCACGAAGUAUGAGGAAAACUUGAAUUCCAGAUUUUUAAUGCAAAGUAUUUAUCAUUUGUACCAGAAAUAAAAGUUUAAAUUUUUAUUUGACAGCUCGUCUCAGAGUUCUGAAAGAACUCUUGGCCAAUGCUGCCACCUGGUGGCAGGAGGGGCGUUCGCUCUGCCGGGGACCAGUCUCGACACACCGCUAAGGCACCUGCUGUGUGCUCAUUCGCUGCCCAGCAGGGAGUGGAUGGACCCGGGACGUAUUAGGGAAGGAUAAGACAAAACUUCUGCACUUAAGAAGAAGAGACAUAGAUGAGCAAGUCAGACGGUAAUAGUAUAAAUAGAUUAAGGCAAGCAAUAAGGCAAAAACUCCGGAACCAAACUGCCAGGGUCCAAAUCCUGGCGGGGCUUAUUUCCUGUGCAAUCUUGGGUCAAGUCACUUUACCUUCCUGUGCCUCAGCGCUCUCCGCUAUAAAAUGGGCUUAAUUGUGAGACUUACAUGGGUGUUCAUACAUCUGAAGUGCCCGGCACAAUAGUGUUCAUUUUAUUCGCUAGUAUUAAUAUCAUUAUUGUUAGUGACAAGAGCAGGUAUUUCCUCACCUGUGCACCUGAGACGGCUAAGCCAGACAUCCUGAAGGUCUCUGUGCUUCCAAAGUACCUUCCAGUCUGAAGAGACUGUAAUAGGAAGUGCCGAGCCGGGUGUUGGAGAACUUUCGGGAAGGAGGGAUGGCGCAGGUUGAAUUUAUCGAGGGAGGUCUCCUGGACCAGAUGGGAUACGGCUUGAAGCUGGAGGAUGGUAGGCGUUUGGCAAGGUGGAGGAGACUGAGCACAGGGCAGAGACAGGAGUGCUCCAGGGGUCCCACAGGGGACCCGAAUCCUUAGGAAGGAGGAGACGGGAGAGUCAAGUCCUUCCUUGUCCACCUUGGAAAGGGAAACAGGCUUUCAGGAUGUCCCCGUCCCCUUGAAGGCUCCCCAGAACAGGCUGCUGCCGCCCCUUGAAGCUGUAUAGACCAGAGGGUUGUGGUGGGAGCCAGGCUUGCUCGGCCAGGGUCAAGUCAGAGAUAGGUGGUGAGACCUCCUUUUGAGGUAGGCAUGCCUCUUUCUGAACCUGUUUUCGAGGACCAGCUUUAGCUGUCCUUUGGCGGGGGGGGGGGGGGGGGGGGCGGUUAGGGAGGGAGGUGUUCCUCCCCAGGCCCUUUCCUCCUUCCCCUGCUGCCCAAUCCCAGCCCUCAGUCCUGAGCCCCAAUCCUAGCUCUGGGUGGGGGAGGGAAUUACUUGGAGAAGGCACCUCCCACUUGCCCACCCUGUCUGUGUGCCUUUUUUUACUGGAGGUGGGGUCCCAGGUCAUAUAUGCCUUUUCACUCGCAAGUGGCCAAAAGAAUGCUGUUUUUUGAAAGAGUGCUUUUUUUUAAAUGUAA